UGUCUAUUACACGCCAAGAUGCAGAUUUCUAUCAAGUUCAAAUGUUUUUGCGUAUCCAUCACUAUACAUAUUUGAUUAGCUUCUUCCGAAUUUAUUUUCUCUUUUACAGCGAGGUCGGCAAUGUGUUCAAUCAGCUUCUUCCAAAUUUAUUCAGCGAGGUCGGCAGCAGAAUCGAUUUUCGAAUAAGGCAUUUUGGGAAUCAUACAGAAGUUCUAUCUUCAUCUUUUGUGUGGCGAUUCAAGGAGAUCGACAGGAAUGAUUUACUUUGCAAUUUUCAUUUUGUGCGUUUCUGAAAUUGUUUCUGGGACUGCUAAUGUCACUGGAGACGAAGCCAUAAAAAAGGUCUUGAAAGAUUACAACAAAUAUGCCUACCCUGGAACAGCUGAACAUCCAAUUGUGAAAGUCAAGCAUGCCUUGAAUCUCCAAAAGAUGGACUAUAAUUCUAAAAGAAUGUUCAUUGAGGUUUGGUCACAGCUGAACUGGAAAGACCCUAGAUUGACUUGGGGUAGACAACCAGCAAGAAUAAGACUCCCAAUGUCUCUCAUAUGGACCCCAGAUUUAAUUCUAUACAACAAUCCAAUUCCAAAGCCAUCAUACGAGCCAAAUGCUGUGGUAAGUCAGAAUGGAGCCGUUCUUGUGGUUCCUGUUAACCAGUAUGAAACUGAAAACUGCACGAAGCAUGACGAUGUUAUCGAAUGUCAAUUUAAAUUCGGAUCCUGGACGUACGGUGGAGAUGAACUCGAAUUAGAAGUCUUCAGUCCUCACGUGAUGCUGGAUUACUACAGGGAAAACCCCGAGUACGAAAUAGUCGGGUCGAGUGCUGUUCGGAAUGACCAGAAGUACGCAUGUUGUCCAGAAAUAUACUACGACAUAAUCUACACCAUCCAAAUUAAACAUCGUUAGUAAAUUAGAUACGUGUUAUGUAUUCAACGAUGUCGUACUAUUUACUUUGAACCCGCACACGUAUAUUUCAUGUUUCUUUGUAGAUAACGCGAAAUGUUUUUUUUAUUUAUUUAUUUCUUUUUGAAGAAAUAUUUCAACAAUUUUGUAUUUGUGGUAAUUUAUUGUUAAAAAAUACAACAAUAGUAUUUUCAUGUACAUGAAGACGCAUUUUUUAAUUAACGGGUGCAAUCAAAAAACGAUUUUUUUUUAUUUAAGAACAUUAUAUAAUUGUACUAAUUCACUGUCUUUAAAACUUACAAACAGUUAAAUUCUAGUAAUGGCAAUCAACGUUUAAUGCAUUACCGCUGUAAAAUUCUAUAGCGGCAACCGAAAUUGAAUAACAAGUUAGUUGCCUUGGCAACCGAUCUUUGCUAAAUUUUAUCAAUACUUCUCUUCAUACAUUAUAUAACAUUUUGACACUGACUAGCUGUAUUGAUCUUGUUAAAUAACUUCUUUCAAAAUAGACUACAUCACGUCACUAUGAUUUUUUGUAUUAGAAAUUUGCUAUGUUUAUAAUAAAUAUUAGGAACUUGA